CCCCGUUUUGGCGACUCGGGUCUACAAGAGCGCUGUGGUUUCUGUGGGGGUUAACUGUCGUUCUUAUCGCUGCGCUGCGUCUGCACAGCAGUAGUGGGACCGCGGCUGCUCUGCUGUCAGCCGGCACCAUCCGUAACGCUCCUCGGCUCCGAGCUGGACUCAGGAUGGGCUGCAGUCCCCCAGGGUCUCCGUGCGCCAGUCUGCUCUCCUCGGCUCUCACACUGCUGGAUUCAAGAUUGACUGCUUGACCGACUGGAUGAUAUCAGUGUUUUAUUUGUGUGGUGGGGGAGGCAGUCUGCAUGGCGCUGCUGGGGGCGGAGGCUGACACUGGUCCGGUGUACGCCCUGGAGGGAGAGGCGGUCAAUCUGACGGCGGACGCGGGCGCCCCCGGGCAGCACCUGGGGUCCGUGACGUGGAAGGUGAAGAAAGGCACGGCCCAGCUCCGGAUCGCGGACUACAACCCCCGGGACGACGGGCCGGCCCCGCGACAACACACCGUCUCGCAGUACAAGGAGCGCAUCCGGUACGCCGACACUUUCCUCUGGAUCAGCAACCUGAGCCAGCAGGACACAGGACUCUACAUCAUCCAGAUCACCGACUCGGGAGGCAAUGUGAAGGUCAAAAACUUCACUCUGAUCGUGGAAGUGCCUGUCGCCACGCCCCAGCUCAGCUGUCAGAGCCCCAAUCGCACCCAGGACUCCUCACUGGAGCCUGACCUCACCUGCAGAGCCUCAGAGGGAGGCAGCCUUCACAUCUCUUGCUCAGCCUCCCGAGGGACCAGCCCGAACAUCUCCUGGUACCGAGACGGGAGGCCACUUCUUCACGGUCAGAACCUGAGCAUCGUGGGCCUGGACACAUCCCACUGCGGGGUGUACACCUGUGUGGUCAGCAAUGCGGUCAGCAGGAAGGAGGCACAGUUCAGGUUACAAGAAUUCCCUAUGUGUGAUAAAGGGAGCAAGAAGCUGAUAAUGCUGGUGUCUAUUCCUGUUGCUGUCCUGGUUCUCCUCAUUGUAUCGGCCAAGGCCAUCUUCUUUAUCAAGCGCAGGCCUGUAUCUCACACCGAUGAGAAAAGCACUGCCCUGCAAGGCGAGAGCAUCUACAUGCCCAUGUAUCCCAGCUUGAGGAGACCAGCCAAAGGCCCGAAUCAGGAAGCGCAGACACCGAACCCGUCGGCGGAAAAGCUCACAGGGCGCACGAUGACCAACACUAACAGACUGGAAGUACCCAUGGAUUAGGACACUGGUGGUGGCGUCUUAUUAAACGGACAAGAAAAGGCACAUUGAAGCAUUAAAAUGUCUCAGUGUCACAGACUCUGAA